AUGGAAAACCAUAGAAACAUCUCAGAAUUUAUUCUUCUAGGACUUUCUUACGGUUACAACAUGAAGAUAUUUUGCUUUGUGUUCUUUUUAUUCUGUUACAUCAUCCUAUUGGGAGGAAACCUUCUCAUCAUUAUCUCUGUUCACUGCAGCCCGCUGUUUAAUCAACCAAUGUACUAUUUCCUUAUCUACUUAUCUACUAUGGACAUCUUCUAUACCUCCACUGUUACUCCCAAAUUAAUUGGUGACUUGCUAGUGGAAAGAAAGACCAUUUCCUAUAGCAACUGCAUGUUACAGAUCUUUACCAUGCACUUCUUUGGAGGGAUUGAGAUCUUCAUUCUUGUUGCCAUGGCUUAUGACCGCUGUAUUGCCAUCUGCAAACCCCUCCACUACAUGCUCAUCAUGAGCAGGACAAGGUGCAACCUCCUGGUCUUAGCCUCCUGUGCUGGUGCGUCAAUUCAUGCCAUUCCUCUUUUUAGUAUAGCAAUGAGUUUGCCAUUCUGCGGGCCAAGUGAAAUUGAUCAUUAUUUCUGUGAUGUUUUCCCUUUGCUUAAAGUGGCUUGCACUGAUACCCACAUGAACGGUGUCUUGAUAAUUGCCUUCUCGGGUAUAUUGUCCUUAGUUGUUUUCAGCAUCUUAUUGAUUUCCUAUGGCAUUAUAUUGUUCUCUUUAAGGAAUCAGUCAGCAGAGGGAAGGCAGAAAGCCCUCUCUACCUGUGGGUCUCAUAUCACUGUGGUCAUCUUGUUUUUUUCACCUGCUAUCUUUGUUUACCUUAGACCUCCGACUACAUUCCCUGAGGACAAAAUAUUGGCCCUAUUUUAUACCAUCAUUGCUCCUAUGUUCAAUCCCCUAAUCUACACUCUGAGAAACACAGAGAUGAAAAACACACUGAAAAAGGUGUGGUGUCAAACAUUCCUUUCUAAAGAAGCACACAACUAG